AUGCGACACUUUCUUGGAGCCAUCGCUCCCCUGCUCUGCGCAGCUGUGGCUGGCGUCGAUGCCCUGAGCGCAGAAGAAUGGCAGAAACAGACCAUCUAUCAGGUGGUGACAGAUCGCUUCGCAAGGACUCCGUCCGACGACACCGGUCUCGGUAUCAUCGGGUCCUCAAACUCGGAUGAGGAUUGCCCCUUGCCAAAACAAUAUUGUGGGGGCACAUGGCAGGGUAUUACCGAGAAGCUGGAUUAUAUUCAAGGCAUGGGUUUUACGGCAAUCUGGAUCUCGCCCGUCAUAGAAAACACGGAGAACGCGUCGUCGGACUAUUCAUACCACGGGUAUUGGCCUCGCAACUUCUACGCUCUCAACCCUCACUUUGGUACCGAGGAGGACCUGAUGGGGCUCUCUGAUGCGCUGCACGCCCGCGGAAUGUAUCUCAUGUUCGACAUCGUGAUCAACCACGUCUUCUCGCCCGGCCCAGCCAAUGCCACCAACUACAGCAUGUUCACUCCGUUCAACUCAAGCAGGUACUUCCACCGCCCCUGCUUGAUGGACAAUUCCAACGAGACCUCGGUCGAAGUGUGUCAGCUCCGGGAUGACAAAGCUAGCGCGGUCUUUACGCUGCCCGACGUCAAGACCGAGGACCCUGUCGUCCGAGAUAUAUUCCAAGAUUGGAUCAGGGAUACAGUCGAGAAGUACAAUGUUGAUGGCCUCCGUCUCGACACGUAUAAGCAUGUGGAACGGAGCUUCUGGCCCGACUUCCUCGAUGCCGCUGGUGUCUUCAGCGUCGCGGAAUAUCUCGAUGGGGACCCAGCAAAUUAUAAUAGUGAUUUGAUAGCCAGCAAGGAAGCUGGUGUCUUGAAUUAUCCUACGUUCUAUUGGAUACGAAGAGCAUUCCAAAAUCCGUUGACUUGGAUGACCGAGCUUGUCCAAGGCGUGGAAACGAUGCGAAACGGACCAAUCAGCACGAAUCUCCUCGCACCAUUCUUUGAGAAUCAUGAUGAGCAACGAUUCGCAUCCCUGGUAGGCGAUAUAGCCCUCACGAAAAAUGCACUGGCAUUCACCCUGUUGUUCGACGGCAUCCCAAUUAUCUAUCAAGGCCAGGAGCAGCACUUCUCCGGUCAGAACGAUCCCUACAACCGCGAGCGUCUGUGGACCUCGGGCUACAACGAGGACUCAGAGCUGUACCGCUGGAUCACGAGGCUCAAUGCCGCCCGCGCGCUUGCCAUCGAUACGGACCCAUCAUUUGUCUCGUCCCAGGCAGACACGGUCUGGCCGCCACCAGCACCGUCUGCAGGGAACGCUACCAGCGGCAGCAAUGGCACCACUAACGGCACCAGUUCGUCGACGUCGACUACCGUCUUGACGAACCAUCAUAUUGCUAUCAAGAAGGGCUCUAUCAUCAGUGUUCUGACCAAUGUCGGCGUUGGCGGGGAAAAUCUGGACGUCGUGCUCCCCCGAAACGCUACCAAGUAUAAUCCAGGCGCGGCGUACAUCGACCUGCUAAGCUGCGAGACCUUCAAGACCGAUCGUAGCGGAGCCUUGUCAUUCGAGAUGGGAUGGUUGCCUCGGGCGUUCUAUCCUGCUCUGGAGGCCCUAAGUUCGGGCUUUUGUCUGCUGCCGCAGAGCUCUGCCACUGACGACACCGAGACGUGUCUCGUUACCUUCAACAUCACAACAGCGACUUCAUUCGGACAGAAUGUACAGAUCCUCGGCGAUGUUCCUCAACUGGGCGCCAAAGACCGACAUCAAGCCGUCACCCUAGGAUCCUACUUCUACACCAGCGAUAACCCCCUUUGGACUAUGACCUUCGAAUUGCCUGCGGGCGAGAAGCUCUCAUACCAGUACCUGAAGAUGGACGGGUCUGGGACACCUUCGUGGGAUGGUGACAACAGGGACGCGGCGCUCCAUUCGUACACCAUUCCAGAGGACUGUGUGGGCGGCAAGUCUGUCCUGGUCGUGGACAAGUGGACUGGGAGUGGAAGCAACACUACAGGGUCAACGACUGCUACUCGUUCUGUGCUGUCGCGCGGUCUGAAGAGGAGGCUGCGCACGGAUCUUUGGGAUCAGGCUCGGUAG